AUGAAAGAACAGGAUGACGAGUUUUCACUUACAAGUAUGUUGGCUGCGGCAACGAUUGGAGUAAGACACACUACAAAAAGAAUGUUGGAAAAACGAAAUCCCGAAAACAAUAAUCCCGAUAUUCUAGAAUCCCGUCAUCAUAAACCUUAUUGUAAAGAUAUAACCCUCGAAUACACCCUCGAAUACUCUAUCCCAAAUUUCUACAAUGACUCUAAUUAA